AUGUUGGCUGUUCCAGCUCCGCUGCUGACAACUCUGGAGGAGAUGAACCCACAAGAGCUGAAGACAUUUCAGUCUUUCCUGACUAGUGGCCUGCUGCCUGACUGUCCUCCCAUCCCAGAGAGUCAGCUGGAGAACGCUGACAUACAGGUCAAAGUGGGUCAGAUGGUGAAGACAUACGGCCCUGAGAGAGCUGUGGAGAUCACACUGAGGAUCCUGAGGGGGAUGAAGCGGGUAGACCUACCAGAGAAGUUAGAGACAGAUCACAGAGGAGGUAACAGAACAAGAAUGUACAUCAAUCUAUACAUCACAAUCACAGUUCAGUGGAGGUCUAACCAGAAAGAACAUUCAACUGACUUCAUAAAACAUUCAGCAGGCCUCUCUUUUAUCAUUUUUAUUCAUGAUGUAUCCAGGUGACCCCAUUAUGUUUAAACAGCAAUCCAACAUUCAUUAUAUUACAUACAUACAAUCACCAAUACAGUAGGGAAGAUAUCACAAACGGAUUAGACUUUCUAAUCAUGGCUGUAUGUCUCUUCCUGAGCUGCCUAAUCUGGAAGAUGAACCAGAAUGAUCUGGCAGAGAAGUUAGAGAGAUAUCAGAGAAGUAGGAUUGUAGACAAGGACCCUAACUGUCUCUCUAUCCCCCCUCCUAUCUUCCCCUCUAUUUCCCCUGUUUCCCCCUCUUUCUCAGGUACUGCCUCAACCUCUCACCUGCCCUUAUUCCCACCGAGGCCCCGAUCCGUCCUCUCCCCUGUAUGGUUACCCCCCAUUUCCCCCCUUCUCUCCAGAUCCUCCCCCUCCUUUGGCUCGUCUAAGGAGUUGUUGUGGUUAACUUCUGCUGGUAGCUCAGGACAGUUCAGGUCACAGGUAAGAGGACGGUUAGAGAAAUGUAGGAUCACUUCUACCCUCAUAUGUUAAAACACCUGUACUCACUGUCAUAGUCAGUUCUACAGUAUGAAAUGAUACAGUCCACACAUACAGUCUAGAUAAUUAACUAAUCUCUCAUGUACACUAUGAGUGGUGGGGGUCAGACUGCAUCCCUACACACACACACACACACACCAUUAGACAAAAAGGCUGUGAUUAUAUUUCUGUGUGUGUGUGUGUGUGUGUUUGUGUGCGUGCGUGUGUUAAAGUUCCAACUGUAAUCUAUUAUAUGAUGAUAUGAGAAUGAGAUAUUGAGGGACCAGUAGAACUAUUCUAAUACGUCUUAACAAUAUUAAUAUAUUCAUGUUCUUUAUUUUAUAUCAGUAGUCAGUUUUUCUAUUCCUUCCUCACUGUUGUUAUCUUUGUUGUUUUAGAGAAUGUUGGCUGUUCCAGCUCUGCUGCUGACAACUCUGGAGGAGAUGAACCCACAUGAGCUGAAGACAUUUCAGUCUUUCCUGACUAGUGGCCUGCUGCCUUACUGUCCUCCCAUCCCAGAAGGCCAGCUGGAGAACGCUGACAAACAGGUCACAGUGGAUCAGAUGGUGAAGACAUACGGCCCUGAGAGAGCUGUGGAGAUCACUCUGAGGAUCCUGAGGUGGAUGAACCAGAAUGAUCUGGCAGAGAAGUUAGAGAGAGAUUACAGAGGUAACAGAACAAGAAUGUACAUCAAUCUAUACAUCACAAUCACAGUUCAGUGUAGCUCUAACCAGAAAGAACAUUCAACUGACUUCAUAAUAACAUUCAGCAGGCCUCUCUUUUAUCAUUUUUAUUCAUGAUGUAUCCAGGUGACCCCAUUAUGUUUAAACAGCAAUCCAACAUUCAUUAUAUUACAUACAUACAAUCACCAAUACAGUAGGGAAGAUAUCACAAACGGAUUAGACUUUCUAAUCAUGGCUGUAUGUCUCUUCCUGAGCUGCCUAAUCUGGAAGAUGAACCAGAAUGAUCUGGCAGAGAAGUUAGAGAGAGAUCAGAGAAGUAGGAUUGUAGACAAGGACCCUAACUGUCUCUCUAUCCCCCCUCCUAUCUUCCCCUCUAUUUCCCCUGUUUCCCCCUCUUUCUCAGGUACUGCCUCAACCUCUCACCUGCCCUUAUUCCCACCGAGGCCCCGAUCCGUCCUCUCCCCUGUAUGGUUACCCCCCAUUUCCCCCCUUCUCUCCAGAUCCUCCCCCUCCUUUGGCUCGUCUAAGGAGUUGUUGUGGUUAACUUCUGCUGGUAGCUCAGGACAGUUCAGGUCACAGGUAAGAGGACGGUUAGAGAAAUGUAGGAUCACUUCUACCUUCAUAUGUUAAAACACCUGUACUCACUGUCAUAGUCAGUUCUACACUUCUACCCUCAUAUGUUAAAACACCUGUACUCACUGUCAUAGUCAGUUCUACCCUCAUAUGUUAAAACACCUGUACUCACUGUCAUAGUCAGUUCUACAGUUCUACCCUCAUAUGUUAAAACACCUGUACUCACUGUCAUAGUCAGUUCUACAGUAUGAAAUGAUACAGUCCACACAUACAGUCUAGAUAAUUAACUAAUCUCUCAUGUACACUAUGAGUGGUGGGGGUCAGACUGCAGCCCGAUUGUCCCUGCCCUUCUCACUGCUGCCAUGGUGGGCAACAUGUUCACAAUAGAACAGAAAACAGGUCAAAUUUACAUAGAACAUUUUUCUAUUAUAGAAGUAUGUUUCUAUUCUGUUGAUUUGAAUCUAGGAAACCCCAAAGCUGGAGAUGGACUGUCCUCCCAUCCUAGACAUCCCACUGGAGAUGGCUAACAGUGUCAACACAGAGGUAGCUGUGAACACCCAGGAGAACAUCCAGAGGAUGGACGAGGAGUUGGGAAGAGAAAGGGGUAACAGCUAUACAGCUAACAUAUUAAUCUGGAUCAAUGAUGAAGUUGAAGUUGUAUAGAAAAACAUCUUUAUUUGGUUCUCUUUAGGUUCUCCUCUCUUCCUGGAACACCAUCACAUGGUAAGACCCUCACUGGACUGAGAGAAAGACUGAAAUUAAAAGCUCUUCUUCACACUAUUGGUUGAAUUACAGUAUCUAUUGUUUCUACAUUUUAGAGUUCUCCAGAUGAAUUUACACCUGAAAUCCACGAUCAGGACAACAGGGGAGAAUACCAGUAACUUAAUAUAUUUAAUGUUUCUUAUUGGUAGUUUGUAUAAAAGAAGGACAAUACCUUAAAUCCAGGAAAUCUCAUUAAAAUGAAAUCCUUCAUUGUUUGUUCUACAGGUUCCAGUGCCCCAGUGCAGGUCUGUUCCAGUGCAGUAUAACAGGCCUGGUGUUUAGGAUGGAGGGAGAGGGAGAGGUGCUCUAUAGGACAGUCCCCUGGGACAGGAGGCUUCUAGCCCAGAGAGGCAAGAGACCUGCAGGACCCCUGUUCAAGUUUACAUGCCUUAAGGGGUCUGUCUGUCAACUACACCUCCCACACUGUGAGAUUCAUUCUGGUAAGUAAUACAUUUCCAAGGAGGUUAUAGACUACGUAUUCUUAAUCACCAUCAGUAGCAUCACUACUCCACUACUUGGUUGUUUUUGUCAUCUGAACAGAAGACUAAUGUUCUCUUUCUCUCCUAGAGGGUGGAUGUGACUUCCUGUCUGUAGCCCAUGUGACUGAUGAUGACAGUAUGGAGUUUCUCCGUCCCCAUGAGACAACAGAAACUCAUGUCAUAUUAAACAUCAAUGGAUUCAGCAACUAUGGCAUCACCAAGGAUAUGGAAGCCCCUGUCUCUCCUAUCCGUGGUCUGGUGCUACUAUUUUACCAACUCCCAGAUGAUACAAAUAAUUCCACCCUAAAUGUGUUGUUGCUGCCUAGAAAUGUUGACAUUGAUGAGGUAAGUAGAUUAGAGUUGUCAAAUUCCUCUUUCGUUGGAAUUCUAUCAAACUCGUACUGUUGAACUCACCUUUUGCCACAGAACAUUAUUUUUGGGUGUAAUGUAACACUGAAUGGUGAAUCCAAACCUGGGGGGUCUCUCGCUCACCAAUCCAACAUCUUAACCAUUAGACCAAGAGGACAUCCUCAAGGUCCGAGGGCGACAUUUGGGCUUCCAUGUUUCAGGCAGGGCUACCUCAUCAUGACAGUGUGUUCCAAUCCAUUUUCAAUCCUCUCAAGGUGUGUAAGACAAGGAGGAGAAGGAAUGGAGACAGAGAAAUCUACAUUGAAAAAAAUCCCAACUGUAGACUAACCCCGGACCAAGAAUACACCCUCUCCACCGAUCUUACAGAUGAACAUCACAUAGAUCCAGAGGUAGGCUAAUAUAUAUAUGACAUGAGCUAGAGAGAGAGAGGAAAUGUGUUAACACAUGUACAUUAUUUUUGUGAUGCUACCUUGAUAAGAAAUAGAAAUCACGUACAAUUCUGUUUGACUUGAUACUUGUGCUUUUUUUUCAGGAUGCAGAGUUUGUGGAUUAUGAUUCCUAUACAAACUACAUGCCAACAUUUCAGUUGGAUUUACAAACUGUUAUUAAAAAAGUGAAUCUUCUUCUGAAAGGACAUGACGGUCCUGAAAAUGAACGCGUAUGGAACCGCCUUGUUUUACUACCAGGUAACUGAAAUUCAGAGAGAGUAGGAGUUACUAUAGAACUAGUAGUAAUAAUAGCAUUUUACAUUUACAUUUUACAUUAGUAGCAAUCAUCAUAAUAGUAUGGUAAUAGUGCUGUUGUUGUUGAUUUAAUUUAAUUAUGAUACAAUUGAUUAUUUCACCAUAUAAAUGUAGUACAUCACCUUCUCUUUUAAUCCACAGCCUCACCAACAGAAGUGAAGUCUACAGGUAACUGGUCUCAUCAAACCUUAUACUUGUCUUAGUCUCAUCAACUCACAAUUCAAUUGUGAACAACUAAUAUUCUCCUAAUGGUUUUGUGUUGUAAAAUAGAUUGUGUGUGCGCCAUUUGAUUUGACCUGCGGUUUAACCUAGCUCAUAAACUGCACCAUAAAUUUAAACGACUAUAUUCUUUAUGGUCUGUCACUUAUUUUGUUAAAGGUCCUGCACAGUCAAAAUCAUGUUUUUCAUGAAAUGUGAUGAUAUUCGAAUUAAAUCAGAUCAAAGUAGGAUGACCAAAGUAUGAAAAAUGACUGUUGCUUCUGCAUUGAUAAAGUUAUCAUAAAGUUACUCAUCCUCUCCCCCAUGUCAACCACUUGGAUUCAGGAGCUGGGAUUAUUAAAGGAUUUUUGUGACAUUAUUUUCUUACCUAAUUUAAAUAAGUACCGCCUUGUAACCAACAUCGCAGAAGGCGUAUUCGCAGAGGGGUGUGGUUUACAUAGCAGCGUGUUCGAUGAAUAGGGGAAACCUGUAAUUAUAUUUUCUAAGGCAAAUAUACUUAUAGGUUUCCGCUUUCAUCUGUGUCUGGUGUUAGCUAGUUACUGGCUAGCUAGGUCUAUCAUCAGCAUGGAACAAAAGUGGGGGAAGGUUAGCCCAAAACUCAGACACAAUUGUCAUGUCAUUACAUCAAGAGACAUGCCAAACAUGAGAUUCAUACAAACUUCUUGACAUCAUUGAUAGUCAUGAUAUAUGAACAUUGUCUGACUGAGUGUACAAAACAUUAUGAACACCUGCUCUUCCCUGACAUAGACUGACCAGGUGAAUCCAGGUGAAAGCUAUGAUCCCUUAUUGAUGUCACUUGUUAAAUCCACUUCAUUCAGUGUAGAUGAAGGGGAGGAGACAGAUUAAAGAAGGAUUUUUAAGGCUUGAGACAAUUGAGACAUGGAUUAUGUAUGUGUGCCAUUCAGAGGGUGAAUGGGCAAGACAAGAGAUUUAAAUGCCUUUGAACGAGAUAUAGUAGUAGGUGCCAGGCACACCGGUUUGUGUCAAGAACUGCAACGCUGCUGGGUUUUUCACGCUCAACAGUUUCCUGUGUGUAUCAAGAAUGGUCCACCACCCAAAGGACAUCCAGCCAACUUGACACAACUGUGGGAAGCAUUGGAGUCAACAUGGGCCAGCAUCCCUGUGGAACGCUUUUCGACACCUUGUAGUUCAUACCCAGACCACAACCAGUAAAGUUUCAACAAACAUUUUCCAAGAUGAUCUAGCUAGCUAGCUUGAUAAACAGUGCUGAAAAUUCAAUUUGGUCUAGCUAGCUAAAUUAUAUAGCAACCAUUAUUUCUAUAUUGAUGCUGUAACCAAACAGGAUAAACAAAUAAUUUGUGAAACCAUGAUAUGAGUUGCUUUGUGUAUCAGCAAAUUAUCUUCAGAUAAUCUCAUUGCAUCACUGCGUCCAUGUUGCUUGACAUAGGCGGUUUCAAAGAACUGUCAGUCAAGGUGAGCUCCCCGCCCACUCAGUCUGUCUUUUCAGACUUCCUGGUAGUUUCACAUGAGAGAAACUUUUUAUCGGGGAAAAUAUUGUGGGUGAUGUUUUAGUCUGUAGCUAGGUUACCAUCCAGUUUGCGACAGAUUUUCAUGUGAAUAUUCUAAAAUCUGCACAAAACAAUAUGCACAUUUCCCCACCAGAGAUGUGUUUCCAUCAAACUGAUUUAUAGAGAGCAAUAGUGAUGGCGUCUUUUUGUUGUAACCAACUCCGCCAUGGUUCCUUGGGAAAGGCCUAUGGGAAAAUGAAUGGCAUUUUUGUAAGGUUUUUCGAUAAUUGCCGAAAAUAAGGUCUGCGGUAAACACAGGCUUAGGAGAGUUUAUACGUUUUGUUCUAUGAGAUAAUCUUUAUCUGCUAAACUUUUUGUGAAUUCUUUUAACGUUUAUGUAGUAAUAAAAAACAAAGCAUAAAGGCUUCAUAAUUCAUAAAGGUCCAGUUGACUGACUGAUAUUAUCUCAUAAAACAAAACGUAUAAGAUCUCCUAAGGCUGUGUUAACCUCUGACUUAUUUUGGACAUUUAUACUGUAUUCUUUCCAUAGGGAUGGCUGAACGAACCAGAGGUAACUAAUUUCCGGGUUUUAGGACUACAAGCUAGCGAGCUCUAUUGCGGAUAAAAUGCUGUGCGUGGUGACGUACUGCACAUAGAAAUAACUUGGCGUAGUGCACAUAAAAAUACAUUCCCAUGUACUGAAUGAAAAAUAGAAGUUAAAUGGGUUUCAAACGCAUUUUCAACUCUACUGAUGGUUUUGUCACAAAAACUGUUACGUUAUAACAAAUGUGCCCACUCUGGUCUUGGCACGUGCGCUCUAGCCAACAUCUAGAUACAGUGCAGGUCGGCUACCUACAUUUUGAGAUUAUUAUGGAUAAGAGCAAUAUUAUUUGUAUUAGUCAAACGGCAGCAAAGCAUAGUUCAAAAUGUCACCAGACUAAGACCCUCGACAUUUAUUGGAAAGUAGCAUAAAGCUCAUCACCUUGCAUAUUCACCACCCUGUGAAGUUUAUCAUAACGUAUUUCAUCUGAAGCCUGAACUGCAUGCUUUCCCAAGUCUUAAUGGGAGGACCACACAACAUAUCGCGUGACUCCAAAUUUACUUCGAUAUGUUGUUUAUUAUAUAAAUAUUUGCGUAUAAAGGCGUUUUCCACUCCCAUUUCUCGCAUAAUACAUUUUACCAAUACAAAAAGAUCCCACCAUGUCAAAUGAACUAAUUGUCUGUCGGCAUUUAUAAAAGUGUACCAGCAUUUCCUGUUUAUCGUGACUUUUUCAUGCGUCAGGUAAUUCAUCCGCAUGAAAUGGUUACUCAAAAGGCUAUUUUACUGACUCAGAAUGACUGUUCGCGACCUAUAACAAGUUAUAUUUUGUAUCUACAGUUACACCACAUGGUGGCGCUACAGCAGGUAAAUAUCUCACAAUCUUCAAAACCAUAAACAUGUUGAAUGUCUUCAAUUGCAAUUAUUAAAGGUAGACUCAGCAAGAUGGCAUCAUCACACACAACAGGGAACUUGUUUACCUACUUAAACAUACAAGGAGAAUUCAGAUCCGUCAGGACUGUUUAUUUUAGUUAUUAUGAUGUCACAUGUUAUAGUUCUCAUUGUUUUAUGUUUCUGUAUCUAGGGACAACAACACAUGUUUCUUAUCUGCUGCUGGGCACUCUGACAGAGCUGGUUUCAGAACAGCUGGAGACAUUCCAGUGGCACCUGAGUCAGGGAGUGGAGGAUUUUCCUUCAAUCCCAAAGAGCCAGUUGGAGAACGCUACCAAAGAGGCCACAGUGGAUAUGAUGGUGCAGCGAUACCUUGACGACGGCACUGUGAAGAUCACACUGGAGAUCCUGAGGAAGAUGGGCCAGAACAAACUGGCUAUUGAGUUAAAGGAGAAGUUGACAAAUGAAUGUCUGAAUGUGCAGCCUCAACACAACAUGAGUGAACAAUGUAUUACAUUCCCAAGGAGGGGAGAGGAAGGGGGUCACAGUUAA